AGAGAAGGCGGGGCUUAGGUGUGUAGCGCGGCGGUUAAGGAAAUCCAGCUCGUGUGUUUAUGUGCAUUAAAUGCUUAUUUUUGUAUUGCCAGUGAUAUUUAUUCACUAAUGCGGAAUAAACAUUUGCAGGUCGGACAGCUUAAGCUCGAGUUUCAACAUCUCGCUGCGUCAUGAUCCCGCGCUCUCGCUGAGAUGUCCGGUUUCCAAGGCAACAGCAACAGCAUCACGGGACUGCUGGGCGCGCUCUGUGACUGCUGCAUCUCCGGGUUGUCAUGGAAACGUUGCGCUCCGGGCGCAGUGUCGCGGGAGUCGGCGCGUCGGAUCCUCCGCAAGCGUGCGUACGGGGCGUUGUUCGCGGGACUCUUCCAAGACGGGUUGUCCAAACCGGCACCGAACGCCCUGGCGAAAACACCGUCCCACAAUAAAAUACUAAUGAUCUCCUUUGACCUGCGCGUGUCUGGCCACGAUGAGGAGGCCGAGAGGUUGGAGGAGCUCCUGGGUCAGCUACGGGACGGGUCGGGACUGUCCGAACUCGAUUCCGUCCUGGAGCUCCUAGUCCAGCUGGCCGGGUCCCUGGCUCCGCCCCUUCUGUCUUUCAGUCGUGACUACAUGCGGCGGGAGCGUCCCGUGCAGCGCAGACUCCCGUUGGGCGGGUACCUGAGCAAGGACACGCAGCGCUUGGAGGAGAGGGCGUGGUCUUUGAUCUGUGGAGAGGAGUGGGGCAUGUUCGGGGGCGUCUGCAGGACCCUGAGCAUCAUGGACGCCCCACCGGGCUCCAGGCUGCUCGGACUGGGGCGCAGACCGGAUUUCGAGGAGAAGUUUGAGAGAGAGACCCGACUGUCACUGUUUGGUGCCCUACAGCACUCCAAAACUACAGAUAUGGACAUCCGACUGGACCUGCCGCCCGUUCCCAGUAACGCAGAUAUUACUGGACUCAGCAUACGGGUUCCUCUGUCUCUGGAUCAGUCUGAUGACGAAGGCUUCCAGUCUUCCUCUAAUCUGACUCCUGAUUCCCAGUCCGAGGCGAGUCCCAGCCCUGAGAUUGACGUGUGGGAGGCCCUUCGGACGUUCGUGCCCGGCAGACGGCGCUGUUGGGAGAACAUUGGCUGCCCGCCGGGUCAGAAGGACCCCCCUUACCUGACAGAGGCUGGCAGAGAGGCGUUUGAUCAGCUGUACCGGCUGUGGGAAGGAGAAAUGAGGAACGUUCUGUCCACACAGACACCAUCACCACUCCUGCCACUGCCACUGGACUGCCAGAGUCAGCUGGUCAAAGAUGUGCUCAACGUGCUGAUCGGGGUCUCCUCGGUCACGUUUCCUCUCAACGAGGCUAGUGUACAGUUUGACGUCCGUCCGGAUAUAUGUGUGUCCGGGACGUCCCCUGAGAGUGUGUCUCGUCUGCUGGGUGAGCUGGCGCAGUACGGCACACACUAUCUGCGCCUCAGCCGCUUCUCCCUGAGCAGCGGGAGUCAGAAGGGACUCGUCUUCCAGGCCUUCACAGGUGGGCUGCGGCGUUACCUGCAUUACUACAGAGCGUGUGUGCUGAGCACACCGGCCUCUCUCAGUCUACUAACUAUCGCUUGCCAUUUCCGCAAACUGGGGCGUCAGCUCAGGUAUCUGUCAGAACUGUGCUGUGUGGAUGGAAUCGCCGGUGUGGGACGAGCAACAUUCCCCAUGGGUGUAAAACUGCUGUCGUGUCUGUAUAAUGAAGCUCAGAGUAACUGCAGUAAUGAGAAUCAUCCGGUGCUGCUGUCGCUGCUGAAGAGUAGCUGUGAGCCGUACACACGGUUUGUUUCGGACUGGGUGUACGGUGGCGUCUUCCGUGACGUUUAUAAAGAGUUUAUGAUUGAGGUCAAUGAGGAUUAUCUGACCUACAGAGAUAAGAACUUUUGGACGCAGGGCUACACUCUCAUUUCGCAGGAUGUAGAGGACUGUGUGCCGGUGUUCCUCAAACACAUCGCAAACGAUGUUUACGUCUGCGGGAAAACAAUCAAUCUUCUGAAAAUCUGCUGCCCACAGCACUACAUCUUCUGGUCGGAUAUACCAGUGCCCAGGAUCGCUGUGACGUUUUCCCUGCAGGAAGUUGAGGAGAUUGAGAGAGACUGUGCCGUGUACCGAGGGCGAAUGGAGACGAUCGCUAGGCACAGCGCCAUCAGCAGGGAGGAGAAGGCCAUGCGGACUGAACAGGCUCGACAGGAGCUCAUUAACCAGGUCAGAGAGACAGCGGCCAAGACCCUGGAGAGAAUCAGAGGCCGCCAGGUGUCGCAGCGUCUGGCGGAGGAGGCCCAGAAGAGAGAGCGAUUUGAAGAGAUGAAGCAGCAGCUGGAACUCGACCAGGAGUGGCGUAGUGCUGCGAAACGGAAGGAGCAGGAAGAUGAUUUCAGCUACGCUCGAGAGCUCAGAGACCGAGAGCAGAGGCUGCAGGCCCUCGAGGAGCAGCUGGAGCGCCGGGCACGGAUGGAUCUGAUCGCUCAGUAUGGUCAGUUAUCAGAAGCCGCUGCUAGACGAGAGCUCAGAGCCAUGUGGAAGGUGCAGAGGAUGAAACUCGACGAGCGCAGAAUGAACUUCCUGCAGCAAGAGCAACAGAACGUACAGGCUCUUCUGGAGAAGUUUCCUUCGGAAACAGCCUACAAACAACAGUCUGCACAACAACACACUGAGCAGAAUCUUAGUGAACAGCAAACAGCAGAUCCUCCUAUCCCAGAAUCCUCUGCUCCUCUCUGCUCUGAUGCCAAUGAUGAAAUGCAUGCUCUCAUAUCAGAUGGAAUUGACAUUGCUGACUUUCUCCCCAAGCCUCCACGCUUCCCUGACAGUGGUGCCGUGACCCAGGCCCUCCAGGACAUUUGUUCUGACCUGUUGCAGUUUCCUCAGAAACCCCACCCACAGAAGCCGCACUCAACAACCUCCCACAUAGGUCUUGGACAGAAUGUUUCUGAAGUCCUAGAGUCAGUCCCUGUGCCUUGUCCAUAUGGACAAGCAUCCAAGUCCAGCUUCCAAUUGGGUCAGUUCAAUCCAGAGGUGUCAGUAGGUCAGCCGAAGGCUAGUGUUCAUGGACACCCUUCACAGAGCUCAGUGCAGCUGGGAGACUCCACUGCCUCGGGGCGGAACAAGGGUCCAAUCCGUUCGGAGUCAAACACCCCUACACAAACCACUCAAGAGCAAACAUGUGAGGCAGAGCGCGAUAGCCAGUGUGCAGAAAAACAACCAACUGGAGAAGAGACAGGAACAGAGCCCUCGGCGGCCAGCACAGGUUCAGAGCCAAAGCAAGCCACACCGGAGCCAACAGAGAAAGCCAAGUCCUGUGAGAGUGUCAGCCAGCCCUCUCACUGUUCUCAGCCAGAGGAAGAACAAUCUGUGUCUCCUCGCAUAAGCUUCCAUGAGUCAGAGUCUAAUACUCAUACGAGAAAUAACAGUCGUGAUCCUGCUCCAGCACUGAUCUCAUCCCAGCCCUCCUCUGAUAUCCGUGGCCACGCCUCUGACGCUCAUAUAAGGGUUGGCAAACAUGUUUCUGAAGUGACCAUUAUCAUCCCUACCGCUAAUAUUCAUGGCCACGCCUCUGACGCCCAUAUAAGGGUUGGCGAACAUGUUUCUGAGGUAACCACUUCUCUUCCAACCCCUAACAUCCAUGGCCACUCCUCUGACGCCCAUAUAAGGGUUGGCGAACAUGUUUCUGAGGUAACCACUUCUCUUCCAACCCCUAACAUCCAUGGCCACUCCUCUGACGCCCAUAUAAGGGUUGGCGAACAUGUUUCUGAGGUAACCACUUCUCUUCCAACCCCUAACAUCCAUGGCCACGCCUCUGAUGCUCAUAUAAGGGUUGGCGAACAUGUUUCUGAGGUAACCACUUCUCUUCCAACCCCUAACAUCCAUGGCCACGCCUCUGACGCCCAUAUUAGGGUUGGCGAACAUGUUUCUGAGGUAACCACUUCUCUUCCAACCCCUAACAUCCAUGGCCACGCCUCUGACGCCCAUAUAAGGGUUGGCGAACAUGUUUCUGAGGUAACCACUUCUCUUCCAACCCCUAACAUCCAUGGCCACGCCUCUGACGCCCAUAUUAGGGUUGGCGAACAUGUUUCUGAGGUAACCACUUCUCUUCCAACCCCUAACAUCCAUGGCCACGCCUCUGAUGCUCAUAUAAGGGUUGGCGAACAUGUUUCUGAGGUAACCACUUCUCUUCCAACCCCUAACAUCCAUGGCCACGCCUCUGACGCCCAUAUUAGGGUUGGCGAACAUGUUUCUGAGGUAACCACUUCUCUUCCAAUCCCUAACAUCCAUGGCCACGCCUCUGACGCCCAUAUAAGGUUUGGCGAACAUGUUUCUGAGGUAACCACUUCACUUCCAACCCCUAACAUCCAUGGCCACGCCUCUGACGCCGAUAUAAGGGUUGGCGAACAUGUUUCUGAGGUAACCACUUCCCUUCCAACCCCUAACAUCCAUGGCCACGCCUCUGACACCGAUAUAAGGGUUGGCGAACAUGUUUCUGAGGUAACCACUUCCCUUCCAACCCCUUACAUCCAUGGCCACGCCUCUGACACCGAUAUAAGGGUUGGCGAACAUGUUUCUGAGGUAACCACUUUUCUCCCAGUCCCUAACAUCCAUGGCCACGCCUCUGACGCCCAUAUAAGGGUUGGUGAACAUGUUUCUGAGGUAACCACGUUUCGUCCAACUCCUAACAUCCAUGGCCACGCCUCUGACGCCCAUAUUAGGGUUGGUGAACACAUUUCUGAGGUAAAUACUCAUAUCCCUACUGCUAAUAUUCAUGGCCAUGCCUCUGACGCCCAUAUUAGGGUUGGUGAACACAUUUCUGAGGUAAAUACUUAUAUCCCUACUGCUAAUAUUCAUGGCCAUGCCUCUGACGCCCAUAUAAGGGUUGGCGAACACAUUUCCGAAGUAAAUACUCAUAUCCCUACCGCUAAUAUUCAUGGCCAUGCCUCUGAUGCCCAUAUAAGGGUUGGUGAACACAUUUCUGAAGUAAAUACUCAUAUCCCUACCGCUAAUAUUCACGGCCACGCCUCUGACGCCCAUAUAAGGAUUGGCGAACACAUUUCUGAGGUAAAUACUCGCAUCCCUACCGCUAAUAUUCAUGGCCACGCCUCUGAUGCCCAUAUAAAGGUGGGUGAGUUUGUGUCAGAUGUCGCCGCCUCUCGCCCACUUUUGGGCAAAUUUGGUCACUCUUCUGACAGCACUCUUAAAGUGGGUUGUGUGAUGCCAGACGCUGCCCCUUCAUCCACCCCUCUGCCUGGCAGCGCUUUUGGACAUGCGUCGGACUCCAUGCUAACAUUAGGGUGUGUUGUAUCUGGCGCAGUCCCUCAGCGCUCUGCAUUGCCUGGAAGUGAGUUCGGACAUUCCUCACAGUCUACCUUGGGUAGUGGGUGUGUGGUCAGUGGGAUUGAGACUGUUCAACCCAGUUCUCUAUACAGCGAAGCCCGUGCGCACACAUCAGACUCUGCUCUGGGCAUGGGCUGCGUGGUUGGCGGGGUGGUGCCAGGGAGUGUGUAUCCUGACAGACUACCAAACAAAUUUGACCGAGCAUCAGGAGACACAGAGACACCAGCUGACACAGACACCCAGGCGCCCCCUAGUGAGCUGUUCUCCCUGGAUGAGGGACUGUCUGCCUGGGCUCUUGGACUAGGAUUGUCCCCUAAAAAGAGUCCAGAGGAUCGCUAUCUCCUCAGCCUGGCCUCACAGUACCAAGUCGAGCAGUACCAGGACUCAUACGGCCUGUUGACUGCGGCUCCAGAGUCUGAGCUGCUGCUUCAGGUCACACGGGGCCCGAACGGCCUACCUGUCGACCCCUCCCUGUACCGGGCCACCGAUGCCACUGCUGUUCAGCUCAGCGAGAUGAUGCCACUUCCUGUGCUCAUGAAACACUCUGUUACAACACCACUGAUUACACAUGUGUCCAUGGUAAAUAAGGCCGUGGUGGAUUAUUUUUUCGUGGAGUUGGGCGUGGAGAAGCAUUUUAAGACUCUCAGGCAUUUCCUGUUAAUGGAGGAUGGAGAGUUUGCCCUCUCUCUCAGCGAUCAGCUCUUCGAGAAGCUGGGCAGUGGUCAGACCCCCGGCGAGCUGCUGACCCCGCUGGUGUUGAACUCCAUUCUGAAUAAGGCGUUACAGUACAGCAUUCAUGGGGACAGCGAGCUGGCGGCUCACUUCACGUUUGCUCUGAGAUACCUUCCUGAGAUCUUCCACCCUCACGCUCCAGACUCGCUGAACUGUCUCGAGCUCCGAUACAAGGUGGACUGGCCAGUGAAUAUCGUCAUCACAGACAGCUGUCUGAAUAAAUACAACAGACUCUUCUCCUUCCUGCUGCAGCUCAAACACAUGGUGUGGUCGCUCCGAGACGUCUGGUUUCACCUCAAGAGGACGGCGCUGGUGAAAGGUGCCGGUCGCUCCGUUCAGUUCCAUCAGCUGCAGCUGUACAGACACGAGAUGCAGCACUUUGUGAAGGUGAUCCAGGGCUACAUCGCCAACCAGAUCCUCCAGGUGUCCUGGAGCGAGUUCACACACAAACUGAGCAGUGCCAACGAUCUGGACGCCAUUCACCGCACACACGCCGAAUACCUCAACAGAGCCAUCUUCAGGGGUUUGCUGACGGAGAAAGCCGCCCCCGUCAUGAACAUCAUCCACAGCAUCUUCAGCCUGAUCCUGAAGUUUCGCGGUCAGCUGAUCGCACAGCCGUGGGAGCUCCAGCAGGGGGAGCCGGUGCACCCCAGCUUCAUCGCCAUGCAGCAGUCCUACAACACCUUCAAGUAUUACUCCCGCUUCCUGUUCAAAGUGGUGACCAAACUGGUGGAUAAAGGCUAUCAGCCCCAUCUGGAGGACUUCCUGUUGCGGAUCAACCUCAAUAACUACUACAAAGACUCUUGAUUGGCCCGUGUGUGUGUGUGUGUGAGCCCUCCAGCCCUCCUGCUUCAGUGUUCACGUCAGGAUGUGUGGUGUGUGUUUAUCGCCAAAGCUGUCCGACGAACUCAAAUCAUGUUGUGCGGUGACGCUUUAAUCCACAAAAGCUGAAUAAUGUGUAAAAUAAAAUAUUUAAUUUUCA